UCCUUAGUUACUACACUGAUUCCUAGAAGUAAACACAAAUACAAAGUUCCAACUAAAAGUGUUACCUAAUUUUACGAAAAAUAUUUGAAAUUUUAUUUUUACAAAAUUUUAACUUUGGCGUAUUAUGUUGUCUUAAUUUUAUAGCAAUAGUAAAUCUUAGUACCUCAUUUAACAACUCGCCAUUUGAUAUAACUAAAUUUGUAUAAGAAAGUAUUUAAUACACAUUAUACCCAAAGAUAAGUUCUGAAUCUAAAUUAAGUGUAACUACUAGCUCUGACUGCACAUUUUCGAAGCCAAAUUCCUUUCUAUUCCUGACAUCGCUAUGGAAAUGAUGGAUUAUUGCAUGGGUUCAACGUCGAAUGUGUUCAUCAGCCGCUCCGCCCCGUUAAACUUCCUGCGGGAAUACCGCCUUGGAUGCCAUGAUGCCAGCCUGAUAUCUCCGGUGACCCUACUAGAAGAGGCAACCAAUGCCUGGCGAGCGCUGAGCCUGGAAGAGAAGUGCUUGUUCGAGGAGUACUCCUAUCUGACUGCCAGAUUUGGGGAACCUAACAGACUAACCAUUGAUGUCCUGUCAGCUCAACAGACCACUGUGCGACGAAUGCCCUGUGCAUCCAGCACAAGAAGUAAUCACCGAAGGGCUUUCAAAACAUCUAAGCUGCAGUGCGGUAUGGCCAAAUUACAUAGGAAAAAGAGGCAGCAGAAAGUCCCUGCAGCCAGCCGGAAGGUGCGAUCAGUGGCCAAAAGACCAAGGUGUACGACAAGCAAGUCGUGAUGGCGUUAAGGAAUAGAAAAUAUAGGUGAACUAAUGAA